AUGAAUUCACGUGGGAAAGCUAUACAAAAUUUCUUCAAUGAUGAUUCUGAUAAUGAUAACCUUCAUCAACAGAGGGUUGCAAUGGCUAUUCAACACCAUACGUUUUUGCUGGAGCAAUAUGCUCAACAAUCCAAACAUGGUGGUUCUGUUGCAGGCCGUGAAUACAAGAAUCGGAAGAGAGAAAAACAUCAUAAGAGUCUCAUGGAGGACUACUUCUGUGAAAAACCACUUUAUCCCCCAAUGGACUUUCGUAGAGCGGAAGCUAACAACCAUUUUUCGAAUGCUCGCAUAUGGAUGUUCGGCAGACUCCACCGACGAUGGUACCUCCGUUCCCCAAAUCCGGCCGACCUUUACAGGCUCUUGCACAAGGCUAAUCGCAGAGGAUUCCAAGGCAUGAAUGGAAGAACUGCCCCCACUGCUUGGGCAGGCCAGUUUACCGACUACAAGCAUAAGCCAAUUGUCGUUCUAGAAGCAGUGACCUUGUAUGACACUUGGAUAUGGCAUACCUUUUUUGGCGUUGCUGGAUCGAACAACGAUAUCAACGUUCUAGCUCGUUCCCCGUUGUUCAAUGAUGUAGUGAAUGGAGUGUCUCCCCAUAUCCAAUAUGUUGUCAAUGGAAAUGAAUAUAAUCUGGGUUAUUACUUGGCUGAUGGUAUCUACCCUCGUUGGGCUACAUUGGUUAAGACGAUUUCCCAACCGAAUACUCCAAAAAAAAGACUAUUUGCCCAAAAACAAGAGGCUUAUAGGAAGGAUGUCGAAGGAGCCUUCGGAAUACUUCAGGCUCAAUAA